AUUAAUCAGAAUUCCCAUCGUUAUCCCUGGCAGGCGCAGCCUUCAGUAGGGGCCGCAGAAGCAUCACGGAGCUGGGGCUGAGAUGCGCGUGGGGGCUGUUUGUGGUACAUCCUGGGAGAGAAGAGGACAGCCCCAAGAUCAGUGGCCACCGUGCUGGGUGGGCUUCGGGGUGUUUUGUUAGGGCUGAGGAAGGACAAGGAGUGUGGGGCCCACCAGGGGUCCACGGCUCUUCACAGGAAAGGGAAGAGGGAACCCAAGUGAGGUGUUGUUUGUAGGGGGUGGGAAAAGAAGUUCCUACUCCCACAAAAAAGCUGCCGCGAAGCACGAGCAACAGGGUACUGGUCUGGACACCAAGACAAAUAAUUUCCUGUACAGAAGAGGAAGCAGGCAGCAGCAGCGAGGCCUGGAGGCCAGAGCGUGGUGGUGGCAAGGGCCAGGUCUGUUGUGGGACAGCCAGCAGGAAGAAGGGAAGGUUCGGGAACAAGCAGGACGAUGACUCAUUUACAAGCUGGUCUCUCUCCUGAGACCCUGGAGAAAGCUCGCCUGGAGCUGAACGAGAACCCAGACACCCUGCACCAGGACAUCCAGGAGGUGAGGGAUAUGGUCAUCACCAGGCCGGACAUUGGCUUUCUGCGCACAGAUGACGCCUUCAUCUUACGCUUCUUGCGGGCCAGGAAGUUUCAUCACUUCGAGGCCUUCCGCCUCCUGGCCCAGUACUUUGAGUACCGGCAGCAGAACCUGGACAUGUUCAAAAGCUUCAAGGCCACUGACCCUGGAAUCAAGCAAGCACUGAAAGAUGGCUUCCCUGGGGGCCUGGCCAAUCUGGACCACUAUGGCAGGAAGAUUCUAGUCCUUUUUGCAGCCAACUGGGAUCAGAGCAGGUAUACACUGGUGGAUAUUUUGCGUGCCAUCUUACUUUCCUUAGAAGCCAUGAUUGAAGAUCCUGAGCUUCAGGUGAAUGGAUUUGUUUUGAUCAUAGACUGGAGUAACUUCACCUUCAAACAAGCCUCCAAACUUACACCAAGCAUGCUGCGACUGGCUAUUGAAGGCCUUCAGGAUAGUUUCCCAGCACGAUUUGGAGGAAUUCAUUUUGUCAAUCAACCUUGGUAUAUCCACGCCCUAUAUACCGUGAUCCGGCCUUUCCUAAAGGAGAAGACUCGGAAAAGGAUAUUUUUGCAUGGUAACAACCUGAACAGUCUACAUCAGCUAAUCCAUCCUGAGAUCCUGCCUUCUGAGUUUGGAGGAAUGCUGCCCCCUUAUGACAUGGGAACCUGGGCAAGAACACUGCUAGAUCAAGAGUACGACGAUGACAGUGAAUACAAUGUGGACUCCUACAGUAUGCCUGUAAAGGAGGUGGAAAAGGAGCUCUCCCCCAAGUCCAUGAAGAGAUCCCAGUCGGUAGUGGAUCCUACAGUACUAAAACGCAUGGAUAAAAAUGAAGAAGAAAACAUGCAACCUUUGCUCUCUCUGGACUGAUAACUUCUCUGCACUCCACAUGGAUUAGAAAUGGAAGGUACUUGUUUUCAGCAAGAGGGACAGCACUGUGGAGGAAUGACCAGCUGGAAACUUAUUUAUUCAUGUUAAUGUAGCAUAAUAUAUAAUAAGGCAUUGGGCUUUCCCAUUCGCCUGAACCAUGGGUGCCCUCGUCUGGAGUUAAAGAAAAAAGUCAAUAAUUUAUUCUGUUAAGUGCCAAGUUCUUUGUAAAUAUAAUGUAAUCUUCACAUCAAGUUUGUAAACUUUGGUAGUAAUUUAAAUUGGAAAAGAUUGGCUCAUGAGUCCAUGCCAGUGAUAUGAAUUAUAAUAAAAAACAGAAAAGACACAUACACAAUGGAAGCUAAUUAAAUGUAGCCCUGUUUCUUAUGAAGCCAUAUUUCAGCUAACAUAGUGAUUGUUUUUCAUUGUUUUUCUCUGAAAUUGUCAUAUUCCAAUGUACUUUUAAUGGACACAGGUAACUAGAUGAUUCUAGGAAAUUAGUAUGAUAAAUGUAUUUCCUGUCUAGUGAUUUUUAUUUCAAAGAAAAUGUGUCCUAGUGACUAUCACUGGCCUUGAAUUUUGGAGACAAGGAAUGGCAGAGGAGCUGAUAAACUAAACACUUGAACUCUUCUAUGUUGUUUAAUUCUUGGAGUCUUGUGAAAAGAUAUGUUCCCCAUAUUAAGAUGUUGAAUUCGAAAAGAGGGUGGAUUUUUUUUAACUCCUGUUUUCACAAUGUGUCUUUUAUUUAAGACCCAUUGUAUCCCAGUCUAAUGUACUUUAAGAACAUUGCCCACCCCCUCCCCAAACUCUUUGACCAAGAGAAAGAGAAC